AUGAAGCGAAUGAAUCCACGCUGGAAGUCGCCUCCCAUGUGGCCGUCGGGAGUGGGGAGCAGGCAGCCCUGCCCGCGGGAGUCGGCGCUGCGCAGGGCGGCCAUCAGCGGCAACAUCCACGCGUUGCCGCCGAACCAUGUCCCCAUCGGGCGCAGCGUCCGGGUUUUCAUCUGCGCCAACCCCGAUGACACAGAAGCGGAGAGAAACGCACUGAAAGAGCACGUUUACCCCAAACUACGCGACUUUUGCAGGGAGAACUAUGGGAUUGAAUUCCAGGUGGUGGACCUGUACUGGGGAGUAGACCCAGAGGAGUGGGACAGUCCCGAGCUGCACAGACUCCGAAUGAAGCUUCUGGAGGAGUGUUUGAAAACCUCAGCUGGGCCGUGCUUUGUUGCUCUGGUGGGAGAAAAAUACGGCAGCAUCCGGGUGCCAGGGGAGGUGGAGUCAGCAGAGUUUGAGAUGAUCCUGGAUGCAGCUGUGGAGGCGGGGCUGGACACACACAUCUUGGAAGAGUGGUACUGCAGGGAUGAAAACUCUGUGCCACCCGCUUACUACCUCAAACCCAAAGCCCAAAUGCUCAAGAACUACCAGAACUCUGCCUAUACAUGGCUUCAGAAAGAGAUGGGUCCCGAAACUGAUCCAGUGGUCAUCGUUCGGUUUAUUGGCUCCAGCCAGCCCUCCACAGACCUACGAACUCUACUCCAGAGCAUCUGUGAACAGAUUGCAAUAAACUACCGCUGCCUGAUUCACUUUUUGCCUAACAAGAUUCAGGAGAUGAGGGAACUCCUUAUAAACCUUCUUGGUGAAUCUUCAUUCCAUAGGCCUUUGGUCAUCGUCCUGGAUGCCUUAGAGCAGCUCUCAGAUGCAGAUGACGCUCGCAAGCUGUGGUGGCUCCCUGUACAGCUUCCUCGCACUGUCCGCAUUGUCGUUUCAACUUUGCCUAAUAAGCAUGGCAUCUUGCAGAAGCUCCGCCACCUCAUCCAUGAUGAGAGGUAUUACGUGGAGCUAAUUCAGAGGGACCGAAAAGUCUGCAGUCAAAUGUUAAAGCAACAGUUGCUUGGGGUGAAAAGAAAAGUAACCUCAGGCCAACAGAUUUAUGUCAACGAGGCACUUGCCAAGUGUACAUUGCCUAUGUUCAUCAACCUCAUCUACAGGGAAGUAGUUCACUGGCGGUCUCACAAGGAUGUGGAUGAUAAAUCUCUCUGCUCUACAGUGCAUGAAAGCAUAGAACAUCUAUUCUACUCUGUGGAAAACAAGCUGGGCCAGCGAUUUGUCUUCAGGGCACUAGGAUAUAUCACCAUGGCCAAGGCUGGACUAACAGAAGUUGAGCUAGAAGAUAUCCUGUCACUUGAUAACAUAGUUCUUGGGGAUGUCAUUGUAGCCAGUUACCUCAAAAACCCUUUAAGGAUCUCCUAUGACUUAGUUGCUAAGCUCAGAGAGGAACUAGAAGGCUAUCUGGUGGAACGACAAGUGCGAAAUGUCACACUGAUGGUCUGGGCCAACAGGCACCUGCACCUUAUUGCCCAGAAGCUGUAUCUCAGCAAUGAGGAGGAUGUGCAUCAGAUGCACAGCCUCUUGGCUGAGUACUUUUUGGGGGCAUGGGCAGGAGGCAGGAAGAAGAUCUUCACUUACGAUAACAAUCAUUUCACCUCCCUGAACAUUUCUCAUCACAAAAACCCACAUCAUCAACAGUCCCAUGAAAAAACCUCCUCUGAUAAGUACUCAUAUGACAGACAGACCCCUGAACAGCCUUGGGUGUUCCAGUGCAACCUUUUGGAGCCUGACAUUUUCUUUGUCAAUCACAGGAAGAUGACAGAGCUAGUGUACCACCUUACCAGGAGUGGGCGCACAGAUGAUCUUAUGUUUGGUGUUAUUAUGAACUUCAGCUGGCUCUACACAAUGAUCAAGAUUGGCCAGUUCGAUAAGGCUUUAACAGACAUAGACCUAGCGUACAGCUGCAGCCAAGAAAAAGAGCUGAAGUUUUUGGCUACCACUCUUCGUAGCAUAAAGGUUAAAGUACUAAAAAGCCCUGCAUCACUGUCGGCUGAGCUGCAGCAAAGGCUCUUACCAGUUGUCACUUCUCUACCUAGGCUUAGACACCUCCUCCUGGAGUGUGACAAAGAUGGCCCAAAGUACUGCUCUAUAGUGCCUCUCCACUCCUCUAUGGAUGUCACCUACAGUCCAGAAAGGCUUCCUCUUUGCUCCAGCUACAUGCAAAUUGUAGAGAUUUUGCCCACUCUAGCCCCAAACAUUGUCCUAGCAGCAUUAGAAGAUGGAUCUAUCAGUACUUGGGAUGUAGAGAGCAGGCAGCUCUUACGACAGAUUGACACAGCCAAGUCUGUUGUACUAGGAAUAAGGCUAACCACUGAUGAGAAGUAUCUGGUUGUUGCCACAACCAAAAAUACCCUGCUCAUCUAUGAUAAUCACAAGUCUUGCCUUUUAUCAGAAGUUGAAAUAAAAGGGUCAAAGCACAGUGGUGUCACUGGGGGAGUCGCAUUUAUCAAUGGUUUUACUCUUUCUACCCAUCAUGCUUUGGCUUGGCUUGAGGCUAGUAAAGACAUCAGCAUCAUUGAUCUUGUCUAUGGCUGGCCUCUUUACCAGUUUCAUUGUUGGUACGAGGUGACUUGUGUCCAAUGCUCACCAGAUGGGUUGUAUGCCUUCUGUGGCCAGUACCUCAACACAACAUCCAUCUUUCAUCUAGGAAAUGGGGAGAAGUUGGCCACUGUGACAUCUGAGUUUUCUGGGGGGUUUGUAAAGUCCAUCCUUGUUUUGGACACCCUAAGCCAAAUGGUAAUGAUCGACAAUGAAGGUAGUUUGUCAGUAUGGAAUACCAAAGAGGUUACCAACCCGAAGCUCAUGGAGGACUAUGAUUGUCGAGGGGAUGAGAGUGAAGUAUUAGGUAUAGAGUUAUCUGAAGAUCAGCGUUCCAUUCUUAUUUGCAAGGUCUGGAGUAUCGAGGUGCUUGACACAAAACUAUGGAAAAUGGUAGAGAAAUUCAAAGCCAAACGUACUGAACGCUUUGUUGCUGCUGUUCUCUCCAAAAAUGGUCAGAGCAUUGUGGCCUCCAUGGAGAACACAUCCUCCAUUUUUGUCUGGAGGAGGGACAGUGGACAAUGCAUGGCUAGCCUGAUUGAAAUCUCAGGGGCUAUUGUUAAACUCAUCAAAUCAGCCCACCACAACUUGCUCCUUUCUGUUGCCAGCAGUGGAGUUCUGUCUGUUUGGGACAUUGAUAUAAUCACCGCCAUGUCUAACAUUGACAAAACAGGCAAGAAGAUCCAGACCUUGCAACUGACUGGUCGAGAGGACUAUGUAUUUACCAUGGAUGGCUCAGAAGCUGUACACAAGUGGAACUUUAGCACUGGCUUCAUUGAGACAGUCUUCAAACAUGAGGGCAUAGUGGAGAACUGUGUCCUAACCUCCUCAGGGGAUCUCAUGGUGACUUCAGACGACAAGUCUAGUCAGUACAUCUGGCAAACCAGCACCGGAGAAAACAUCUUUCGCAUAAAUGGACAGAGAAUAUCACAGUUGCUGAUCACCCACAAUGACCAGUUUGUGGUGUCUCUCUGUGAGCAAAAUGCCUCUAGAGUCUGGAGGCUUGCUACUGGGCACAAAGUGUGUAACAUUUUAGUCACACUCCAGAAUGCACUUAUCACCACAGCUAACACUUUUUUAGUGGGAACAUCUAAGAAUAAACUUCUUGCUGUCAGCCUGUGGUCAGGCAGCGUGUCUAAAAAAUUUGUCUGUGAUGAUGGCAUCACCAUUGUCAACUUCAAGCUCAUUCCUGACUGCCCUGACUGCGUAGUCUUCAUCACGUCCACAGAGACCGUCUUCAUCUGGAGUGUAGCGGAUGAGUCAGUAUGCCGGCGAGUCCAGCUGCCAACCAAUUUUCUCAAAAAUCUAGAGGACUUUCAGAUCUCACCAAACGGGAAAUUGGGAAUAGUUUCCAAAGGUGACGAGAACAUCAAUGUUCUGGAUCUUCACAGUGGGAAGCUGAGGCUUGUCCAUGCAGCGGGCAUAAUCUGGCGUCAAAAAUUAUCAAGAGAUGGACGUUAUCUUGUGUAUGUUUGCUUCCGGAACUGUGAUGAGGAUGACGAUGCAGGUGUAGUAUCCAAUCUGAUUGUGAUGCGCCUCGCAGAUGGCAAGAGCAUCGGCACAUGUUCGCUUUACAAGACGCCCACCUUCCUGUCUCUCUCUCAGCGAGCACUAAACAUCAUAAUAGGCUUUGAGGAUGGCAGCAUUGGCACAUACACAGUUGUGGAUCGUGUGGAUGCCACCCUUAAGAUCAAGAUAGCCACCUCCAACAGCCGACAGAUUGUUAACAAUGCCUCACAGAAAGUGCGCCCCAAAUGUGGCAACCAUUCCUUUAAGACUGUGGCCGACUGCACCUGGAGGGAGUCAACAGAAGUCUUCUCAAGAGACAGCCCCAUCAAUGUGUCAGACUCCGGAGAGGGAGAGUCGACGACACCUACAAAGAAGACUGAAUUGGUACAAUGAAAGUUGGAGGGCAGGUGGAGGUAAGAGAAGAG